AUGUGCCCAAUGAUCCUCAAUCGCCUCUCCGACGGUCCCGCGACGGUCCUCUCUCCCCAGGAACACGCCUUCGCUCAGUUCCCGCAGUCCAUGCUGGACUCUCCAUCAAGCUUCAACGGCAUCUCCAACCCAAACAUCGCCUUCGCCAACAACCCUGCGCAAGCUUCCUCGAGCUUAAACUUCACAGCUCCCCAAAAACCAUCCCGGAAGAGGUCGCGUGAUGAAGCUUCCUUCGAAGAGGCACUGGCUUCCACUGCGCCUACAGCCCCUACACCGUCACCACCAAAGGUAGAGCCUAUCUAUGGCGAAGGAAUGGUCCUCGUCAACCCACAGACUGGCCUUGCCCUCUCUGCCGAGAGUCAGACCGGCACAUGGUACGAGCAAGAAUCCGAGGCGCACCAGGCCACCGCCGCGCCAGUUUCCUCCCGGUCCAACGCAGUGUUAUCUGACACCGGUGACGCUAGUCGCAAGUCUCAGCGGCUUGAUAAAUCUGCCCCGGGCCUGGACGACAUCGCCCUCUCCUCAAUCCACCAACGCCUCAACGACCCCAGCUGCAACGAGCAGCACCGCACCCUCAACCUCGGACCUGCACCACCCGCAGAGCCACUCGUUGACGACGCAACCCAUCUCCUCGGCAUUGGCUGGCAGCGCGUCAGCACAGAUGACGACAUGGCAUGCGCCGUUCGCGGCUGGACAAAAUACAUCGACAACCAGUUCUCUGCCUACCUACACGACUCGCAGAUCCUCAUCAAGAGCCGCGCUCUAGACGCUUUCCUGGUCGCUGCUACUCCGACCUCUGGAACCUCACCUGCCUUUUACCUUUUCACUGAAGAUCUGACGCAAGGUCAGCUCGUCGCUUCUUCGUGGGAAGCCUGCAUCCAAAAUCUGCGCAGCACCCCAAUCAUCUUCGAGGGCGCUGCCCCUCUCGCCGCUACCGAUCGACCCGACGCCCAACUGACUCCCUUCAGCAACAUGGAUACUGGCGUACCACUCCUCCAGCAAGCCAUGUCCAACAGCUCACACGCACCGGGACUGGGCGGAGGCGUAGAAAUGGGAAUGGAGAUUGACUCGUGA